UACAUCAAUAUCAACCUAAAAGUGCACAAAGCCAUUCAUUAUCCUCUUUAUAUAAUAAUCCUUACUAUUGAAUAAACAAAAAAUAUCUUUAGUUUCUGAAUAGACCAAAGUAUCGAUGUACGUUUCUCUGUGCCCACUGUUGUUCCUUUGCUUGAUCAUCAUAACCUUGGUCUCAUCAUCAGCAUCAACAAGAUGGUGGUAUGAUGAUCAUCUCUCAUUGAGAGAGAUUAACGCCCAAGAAAAUUUUAGUUUCCCAAAAGACUUCCUCUUUGGCACUGCCUCUUCUGCUUACCAGUAUGAAGGAGCUUACUUAGCCGACGGCAAAACCCUAAGCAAUUGGGAUGUCUUCACAAGCAUCCCCGGGAAAAUCGCAGAUGGAUCCCAUGGAAAAGUCGCUGUUGAUCAUUACCAUCUAUAUCCGGAAGACUUGGAUCUGAUGAAAGACCUUGGAGUCAAUAGCUAUCGAUUUUCUUUAUCAUGGGCUCGGAUUCUUCUACAUGGAAGGUUUGGAGAUGUGAACAUGGAAGGUAUUGAUCAUUACAACAGAAUGAUCAAUGCUAUUUUAAAAAAAGGGAUGGAGCCAUUUAUCACUUUGACUCAUUAUGACAUUCCUCAAGAACUCGAGCUUAUAUAUGGAAGUUGGCUUGACCCCCAAGUCCGGGAAGAUUUCGUACAUUACGCAGAGAUUUGCUUCCGACACUUUGGGAACAGAGUUAAGUUCUGGACUACCUUCAACGAACCAAACGUUCAAGUGAUUUUGGGUUACCAGAAAGGGACUUACCCGCCAUCACGUUGUUCCAUGACUUUCGCAAACUGUACACGUGGUGGUUCCGACAUAGAGCCACUUGUCGCUGCUCACAACAUUAUCCGUUCACAUCUAGCCGCAGUCAAUUUAUACCAGAAGAAAUUUCAGGAAGACCAACGGGGAAAGAUUGGUAUUGUUAUGAACACGAUCUGGUUUGAACCGGUUAGUGAUUCUUUAGCAGAUAGAUUAGCUGCUGAGAGAGCUCAAGCUUUCUACUUGACUUGGUUCUUGGACCCGGUUGUGUUUGGAAGAUAUCCAAGAGAAAUGAAAGAUAUUCUUGGAGAAGAUCUUCCUAAAUUCACAAAGGAUGAUCUUAAAAGCUCCAAGAAUGGAUUGGACUUCAUUGGGAUUAAUCAGUACACAAGCAGAUACGCUAAAGAUUGUCUGCAUACAACAUGUGAACUGGGCCAAGGAGGCUCUAGAGCUGAAGGUUUUGUCUAUUCAAAUGCUCUUAAAGACGGUUUACCUUUAGGAGAACCGACCGGAGUAAACUGGUUUAAUGUGUAUCCUCAAGGAAUGGAAGAGAUGUUGAUGUAUGCAACAGAACGGUACAGAAACAUUCCAUUGUACGUAACAGAAAAUGGUUUUGGUGAGAACAAUACAGGAGUAUUGUUAAACGAUUACCGGAGAGUGAAGUUUAUGAGUAACUACUUAGAUGCACUCAAAAGAGCCAUGAGGAAGGGAGCAGAUGUAAGAGGAUACUUCACCUGGUCUUUACUUGACAACUUCGAGUGGAUAUCCGGUUAUACCAUAAGGUUCGGUAUGUACCACGUUGAUUUCGAUACUCUAGAGAGAACCCCGAGACUAUCAGCUUCUUGGUACAAGAACUUCAUUUUCAAUCACAUAGCUCAAUCCAAAGAUAAUGAAGAUGCAUGAAACAAAAAAGAAGGCCCAUGUUGUUGUCUUUCUUGUUUGAUUCUUCAAUAAAGCAGACAAAUAUAAUGUAAAACAAAGCUGUUUUAUGAAAACAACUCCAAUAAACAACAAUUUCAAUGCUUAUAACAAAACUACUCUUGAUGCAUGAAACAAAGCAGGAAAGUAAUCUAAUAUGAAGUUGUUUUGCGAAGACAAGUUUUAAUAAAGAAGACAUUUUAAUUGUUAAUAAUAGGCAUGAGCUUCAAAUACCUCUUCGGGUUCGGUUUUGGAUAUUGGGGUUUGUUGAGAUGAGGGUGUAAGUUCUAUUCGGGUUUUCUAUAUUUCGGGCCUGAGUCUGUUCAGAUUCUUUUGGAUUCUAGUUGGACCCGGAUCUAAAAAGCCAUUUGACGCAGCUACCGGAUGAUCUCAACAUAUUCAGAUAAGAUGAGUGUUUUUGGAAGGAGAAAAUUGUUAAAUACAAGGGUUCAAAUAACGUUGGAACUUGAUAAACUUCACACAUUUGUGUGCAUAGCAGAGAUUCCAGAGGUCAAGAAGAGAAUGAAAGAAGUUUUUAGUGGCUCAAAAAAUUCAUCUAUAGCGAGGUGCUAAAAAUGAUCUCUUACGCUGUCUAUGGGGUUGCUAAAGAUUUGUCUGGUUCUGAUCAAAUCCGAGGUGGAAAUGACGCAGGCCACAUGGAUCGUUUAAAUCUAAAUGACCGUCAAAAUUUAAAUCAUUGAAUAUUUGUUUGAUUAUCCUGUCCACAUACACAUGCAUGUUUUCUGAAUCCCCCACCAGUUCUUUGUUCCUUCAUAUAUUGUUUCCUUUCCCGCAGUUUAUUAUUCAUGAAAAUCAUAAAAAAUUCAUCAAAGGACGUGUGAGAGAGAACAAGCCAGAAGCUACAGACAGCAUACACCGUGUCGUAAAAAUCGCAUCACUUACAACCGUUGGAUCUUCAUUUCUAUCUCCUUCUCCCUCUCUUUCUUCUUCCUCCUCUCUUCUGUCUCUGCCAUCUGACCUGUGGGUUAUUACAGAUAUUCAAACAACUCUCACCCCUAUCUCCUUCGCCUCUCUCUCUCUCCCUCCCCGAUUCUAAAGAGCUGAUUAGGAUUUCUCGAUUUGAUUCAAACCGUACCUCACCGGAUAAGAGACGAAGA